UUUGCAGCUUCCAUUGCCAAUCCCAAUUCCCACUGGCAUUUAUCCGCCCAAAAUGGUCCAAUAACCACUGCUCUUUCUGGAACACUCCGCAACCAAAGCUUUUUUAACUUCGAAAUCGCUUCUCUCUUCUCCACCGCCACGAAAGCCCUCAUCACAUACCUCCACUCUCAAACAUCGUCCGCCAAAAUGGAGCCACCACCACCGCGAACCCCACAAGACCAAGCUCCCCACACCCACCCUCAACCCUCCAUCGCCAUCCCCACCACAGGAACUUGUUGCAAAUGCGGCGGCGCAACAACUUUCGCGCCACCACCUCAAACCCCAACUUCCUGGCCGGACCUUUCCUCUCCCCCUACAUACCGACCCAUUCGUGCCCCCGCCAUAAACCUCCCUCCAAACAACACCCAAGCCAUAAUCCUCGCCCCUGUCCCUCAAUCCCAAAAAGUCCCCAUCAUCGAUCCUCCUUUCCGCUUCCAAGUCCCAACGAAAAAAAUCACAUGCCCCGACGACAUCCGCAAAUUCCACGACUCCCCAACUUCUAAAAACUUCCUCGGCUUCAUCGUCGCCUUGUCCGAAUCCAUCCGUGGCCAUAAAAUCUCCGACCCAUGCCACGAAUCUCCCAUUAUCUCCAAAAUUGUCUCCAUAAUCGAAACCCUAUCUCUCUGGAUCGAUCAAAUCCCACCUGUUCAACAAUCCUCUCGUUACGGAAACAUCUCUUAUCGAACCUGGCACGAACGCUUAACCGAAAACGCCGAAUCCCUCAUGCUCCAGUUCCUCUCCGACGAUCUCAAACCCUCGACCAUCGAAAUUGUCCCUUAUUUCUCUGAUAGCUUCGGAAACUCAAGCCGAAUCGAUUACGGAACGGGGCACGAAACCAAUUUCGCAGCCUGGUUAUAUUGCUUAGCCAGAAUGGGAAUCAUCAAGGAAGAAGAUUACCAAGCAGUGGUGGCUAGGGUUUUUGUUAAAUAUUUAGACUUAAUGAGGAAACUUCAGCUUGUUUAUAGCUUGGAACCAGCAGGGUCCCACGGAGUUUGGGGUUUAGAUGAUUACCAUUUCUUGCCUUUUAUAUUUGGGAGUUCGCAGUUGAUUGAUCAUAAGUAUAUGAAGCCGAAAUCGAUUCACAAUGAGGACAUUUUGGAGAAUUUUUCGAGUGAGUAUAUGUAUCUUUCCUGUAUUGGGUUUAUAAAGAAAGUGAAAAAGGGUCUGUUUGCAGAGCAUUCGCCGCUGUUGGAUGAUAUUAGUGGAGUGCCUAAUUGGAAUAAGGUCAAUAGUGGGUUGCUUAAGAUGUAUAAAGCUGAGGUGCUCGAAAAGGUUCCUAUUAUGCAGCAUUUCCUCUUUGGAUGGCUCCUUAAGUGAAGUCAUUCAUGGGUUGGGUCCUGAAGGCCAAUAAUUUUCCUGUAUUCAGGAACACAAUCAACAGUUACCUAGAGUGAGAAUCACUGUGUUUGCAAUCUAGCAUGCCUAGUAGAAAUGAGGGGCAAGAAAGGAAUUGUGUCAUCUAUCAUGAUUGUGAUAAAUCUAAUCCUUACUGUCACUACUAUAAAAUUGUGCUAUAUCAGCUCAAAAUUUCCUCAUUAUAAUAUGGAAACAGUUUGUGAACCAUAUACUACGGCCUGAUUUGGUUAUGGGCUUCUGGCCAAUCUUUUGGUUCAAUUGGUAUGCUUUCUUUUAAAGCCAUUAGUGAAUAACUCAUCUUAAAAUUUCCUCAAGUUCAUAUAUGAAACAACCUUUUGAGUCGUUUUGAGAUAGAAGAAGAUUUGAUCCAGGCCUAUCUUUUGGCCAAUUUUGAUGCUGUCUUUCAAAACCAUUCAAGGUAGAGAACUCAUCUUUCCUGGAGAUUUUUUGGAUGCUCUCUAUAUUACAUUGAAGCAGAUUUGCAUCAACCUUAAUAAAACAAUUUGUAUUCAUGAUAAGGCUUAACUAAUGGACUGUGUUAAACUGAUUUAACAAAGCUUUAGCCGCCUUCAUGUGUGGUUGUGGUGUUUGCACUUUGCUCCUUUCCGUUGAACCUUUUAUAAAAUUCUUGUUCUCCAGUUCUAUCACAUAAAUUCUGGUUUGUUGUAUUUUAGGACUAUGACAUUACAAGAUGCUUGCUUGUCUUUAAGCUAGGUUCUAUUAGAUUUGUUUUAUGAUAUGUCAUUAUGUUGCUAUUAUGUUACGGUUGGAAUUAACAAGAUGCCUAUGUCUA